AUGGGAGACUGGUCUUUUUAUGACUACAGCCCCACCAAGGUGGGAGCGGUCAUUGCGAUCAUCUGCUACGGAAUCAGUGCUGGCUACCACGUCUUUCAACUGGUAAAGAUGAAGUGCUACUUUUUCACAACAUUCACCAUUGGGGCAAUAAUGAUGACUUUGGGCUAUAUACUUCGUGCCGCUUCGGCCGGGGACACGACCGCCUUGGCCCCCUAUAUCGGACAAAAUGUCUGCAUCUUACUCCCACCCUCUCUUUACGCCGCUACUAUAUAUAUGAUAUAUGGACGUAUCGUGAUCUACGCCGGAGACCCGAAACUAUCCAUUGUGUCGCCGCUAAAAGUGACCAAGAUUUUUGUGAUUGGAGAUGUCCUUGCAUUCCUGACACAGGCCUCCGGUGGCGGUAUGAUGGCGAUCUCCUCUAUGGCGCGCAUGGGACAGAUCAUUACCAUCGCCGGCCUUUUUAUCCAACUUGUCUUCUUUGGGGCAUUCCUCACGAUCUCGAUUAUAUUUGGGCGGCGGGUUCAGCAGACCAAGACGGCGCUGCGUGGCUUGCCGUAUGGAACUUUGCUCUAUAUUUUAUUUGCUGUCUCGGGUUUGAUCAUCGUUCGGUGUCUUUAUCGCAUUAUCGAAUUCUGCCAAGGGAAUGAUGGGUACCUGAUGAAGCACGAGGCAUUUAUGUACGUUUUUGACACGAUCCCAAUGUUUGCGGUUCAGGCUGUCUUUCAUUUCUACCACCCCGGGAAGACUUAA